AUGGCACGGCCCAGUGUGCAGGGUAGUGAGGCAGUGUAUAUGCUGGAGUGGCAAAAGGACUUUUUCCCCAAACUAAGCAGCCAUGCCACGGCGAGCUUAGCUUUCACCACAGGUCGUCGCCCGACCUAUAUGGAUCAGGAAGCCACCUUGCGACAUUUUGCCAUGACGGUGGUGAAUCUUAGCAGUGGUUUACUCUUAGCUAGGCUUCCGAUUCCGAGAAGUCGGAAUGUCGAAUGUGUCGAACUCCUUCUCAGCUUGGGAAACCCUGUCGGAGGACGAACCUCCGCUGUGCAUCGCAGUUCGACGCCCAGUGUCACCUCCACGCCACUAUGA